CUCCUCCUCCUCCUCCUCCUCCUCCUCCUCCUCCUCCUCCUCCUCCUCCUCUUCCUCCUCUCCUCUCAUCUCCAGUCAGUGUUCAUCAGACAGUGGUGGUGUUGAGAUCGUGUGGUGUUGAAGUGGUGAUGAAGGUGGACAGGAUGCCGAGGUGACGAGGAAGGAAGGAAGGAAGGAAGGAAGACAGGAAGGAAGGAAGAAGAAAACAAACUCCCUCACUGAAAGAACUGCUCAGAGGGACGAAAAGGAACUCAUAAGGAAGUGAAGACAGAAGAAGAAAAAGGAAGACAAGGCAAGAUAGGAAGGCAAGUGAAGACAGGCGAAGGAAUUUGAAGACAACAUCCACCAUCAACAAGAAAACAAGUUAAGAUCAAGAGGAAGACAGAAGAAAAUCGGUGAAGAAAAAGGAGACUAGUGAAGAAAAAGUUGAGAGAAAGGGAAAGAAAAGUAGCGAUAAGGUCAAGAAAAUAGAAGAAAAAUUAAGAAAAAGUAAAGAAAAGGUGAAGAAAAGUAAGGAACAGGUCAAGAAAAUACAAGAAGUAAAGAAAACGAAGAAAAAGUGAAGAAAACAACCCCAAAACAACCUCAAAACAACCUCAAAACCAACCUCACCUACCCAAAACUCAUAGAAAAUGGUGUACCUCAAGACCAUGCUCGUGCGUCGAAGGGGGGUCUUACUUAAAUUAGUGGUGACGCUCCCCGCCUUGUGGCUCCUCGCGUCCCUUGUCACACUCAACGAAAAGACAGAGAAAGGCGAUGACCAAGACCUCCCCCCAGCCGUCAGACCCCGGGAUAGCCAACACCACUUACCCCAACCGCCCCAUCAGCCCCAACAGCCCCAGCAGCCCCAGCAGCCCCCGCCCCCGCCGCCCCCGCCCCCGCCGCAGGAGAAGGAAAGUCAGGUUGAGGACAAUGAGGUUAUCGCAAGACAGCCUCACGUGGUGGACGUCGGGAAGGUUGAGGUGAAAACGAAGACUGCGGAACCCCAUGAGGUUCACGCAGAGCAGGGGGUUCUAUUGCCGCCCCAGGAGCCUAACGGGCCGGGUGAAAUGGGCAAGCCGGUUGUGCUCCCCAAAGAACUGGACCCCGAAGUGAAGAAGAAGGUGGACGAGGGGUGGAAGAACAACGCCUUCAACCAGUACGUGUCCGACAUGAUCUCCGUCCACCGCACGCUGCCCGACCCCAGGGACGAAUGGUGUAAGGCGCCGGGGAGGUUCCUGGAUAACCUGCCCGAGACCUCCGUGAUCGUGUGCUUCCAUAACGAGGCUUGGUCCGUCCUGCUGCGAACCGUGCACUCCAUCCUCGACCGCUCCCCGCCCCAGUACCUCAAGGAGAUCAUUCUGGUGGACGACAACUCCGACAUGCCGCACCUCAUGAAGCAGCUCGAGGACUACAUGGAACAGUACCCCAAGGUGAGGAUCGUCCGGGCGCCCAAGCGGGAAGGGCUGAUCCGCGCCCGGCUGAUGGGGGCCCGCCACGCCACCGCGCCCGUCCUCACCUUCCUCGACUCCCACUGCGAGUGCACUACAGGUUGGCUGGAGCCGCUGCUGUCGCCCAUCGCCAAGGACCCGCGAACUGUGGUGUGUCCCGUGAUCGAUGUGCUUUCCGACGACACCUUUGAGUUCCACUACAGAGACUCCAGCGGCGUCAACGUUGGCGGCUUCGACUGGAACUUGCAG